AUGGGGUGGGCAAAGGGUUUCCUUACACAGGCAGCCAAGCAGCUCACCUCCUCACUCCAACUUCGGCGACGGAGAUCUCUCCGAUGGCAUCUCGGCCACCAAGCGGAGCUCUAUGAUUCGAAAGCAGGGUCUGAUAUUUUGGACAUCCUCCUCCCAAAGGGAUCUUUUGGUGUUGAGCCAUUUUCAUGUACAGAAAUAGCCUCGCCGCACCCAUUUUUCUGCGGGUCACCGCCGAGCAGAGUAGCUAACCCAUUAAUUCAUGAUGCUAGAUUUGGGGAUGGGAAACCCACCCCAUUGUCGCCACUGUCGCCAACCGCUCCCCCAUUGGACCUUUCGUCGUCUCCUUCAUCAUCAGCAAGGAAAGGAGGCUUCGUUCGGGCCAGUUUCGGGAACAAGCCAGCAGUGAGGGUCGAGGGGUUUGAUUGCCUGGACAGGGAUCGACGUAAUUGCAGCAUCCCGACCCUGGCAUGAGAUCCCAAUUCAACCGAUGAAGGUACAUAGCAAAAAAGACUGAGCUUAAAGUUUGAAUAGACAACCACAAUACUUUGAUAGCAUGUGAGGAAAUUUUGAAAUUUUCAGCGCAAGAACUUCAACAAUCCUUCUGCCUUGUGUAAAUAUGUGCGAGGGAUUUGUGUAAAUGAAAUGUGUCAGUGUCGAGUAUGUAAAUGAGAAUGUUAACCAAAUAAUCAACGGGUUCAUAGAUCGAGUCUAGGAGUGGUUACAAGGGGGUGGUGUGUUCUACCACAACACCCUCUUGUAUUGUAAAAAGUAAGUCUCUUGUGGGAAAAUUUUCGUUGUGUUUCCAUUUAGGUGUGUCGGAGUUUAAACUAGCGGUUUAUGAAGCGAAUCUGUAUGUAUUGAAGAUUCUGUUUAGUCAAUCUAAACGGUUCUUUACUGUGUAAAUAAAUCGUUUGUGUUUUAGUUCAUC